AUGCAACCUACUCCACGGAAGCAGUUUCUUCGUGUAAAGCGAGGGCCGACGUUGGACAUGGUAGAGCUGGUAGAUGCAUUCAGCACCCGAAGCGACCAUGGACUUGUGAGAGCAGAAGUACGCCUGCGAACGAAACUUCGAAGACGAGAUCACUUUCGACCUCCUCCCAUACAACUACGGCAGUACAGCACAAGAGCCUUGAAGGUAGUCGCUGCUCAGCAUACGUAG